GGCGGCCGCAGGCGGAGGGGCGGGGGCAGUCCAGUGAGAGACUCUCCGACAGGCACGGAGGGUGAUUAAGAGGGAAGGGGGCAGCGAAGGGCUUGUCAUGGGGAUCCGUGCUACGAGACGGCAUUGGUAGCAUCUGGGGACUCCAAGGGGGACAGGAGGUAUCAACGCCCGGGACCCCGGCGCCAGCUCCGCCGGGAGAUCCCCGCUGCUCUAGUCCUGGGGAGGGAGGGGAAAAAGGAGGGAGCCCUGAUCUCGCCCCGCCCCUGGGCUUGUUACCGCGGGGGCGGGGAGUGAGGGCUUCUUUUGGGGGGAGUGGAGAUCGGGGGACUCGGCUGUGCCCUCUUGAGCGGCUGCCGGUGUCCCCGCGGCGCCGGGCUGCCGAGCAGAGGAGCCGCGGCGGCCGUGGCUGUUGCAUGUGUGGUUGCUGGAUGCGGAGGCGGCGGCGGCGGCGGCGGCGAGGAGCAGCAGCGGCGGCAGGAUGUUAGGGCAGCAGCAGCAGCAACUAUACUCGUCGGCCGCGCUCCUGACCGGGGAGCGGAGCCGGCUCCUCACCUGCUACGUGCAGGACUACCUCGAGUGUGUGGAGUCGCUGCCCCACGACAUGCAGAGGAACGUGUCCGUGCUUCGAGAGCUGGACAACAAAUAUCAAGAAACAUUAAAGGAAAUUGAUGAUGUCUAUGAAAAAUAUAAGAAAGAAGAUGAUUCAAACCAGAAAAAACGCCUACAGCAGCAUCUCCAGAGAGCAUUAAUCAAUAGUCAAGAAUUGGGAGAUGAAAAAAUUCAGAUUGUCACACAGAUGCUCGAAUUGGUGGAAAAUCGGGCAAGGCAGAUGGAGUUGCAUUCACAGUGCUUUCAAGAUCCUGCUGAAGGUGAACGGGCCUCGGAUAAGGCAAAGAUGGAUUCCAGCCAACCAGAAAGAUCUUCAAGAAGACCCCGCAGACAGCGAACCAGUGAAAGCCGUGAUUUAUGUCACAUGACGAAUGGGAUUGAAGACUGUGAUGAUCAGCCACCUAAAGAAAAGAAAUCCAAGUCAGCCAAGAAAAAGAAGCGCUCCAAGGCCAAGCAGGAAAGGGAAGCAUCGCCUGUUGAGUUUGCAAUAGAUCCCAAUGAACCUACGUACUGUUUAUGUAACCAAGUGUCUUAUGGGGAAAUGAUCGGAUGUGACAAUGAACAGUGUCCAAUUGAAUGGUUUCACUUUUCGUGUGUUUCGCUUACCUAUAAACCAAAGGGGAAGUGGUAUUGCCCAAAGUGCAGGGGAGAUAAUGAGAAAACAAUGGACAAAAGUACUGACAAGGCAAAAAAGGAUAGAAGAUCGAGGUAGUGAAUGCCAUCCAUGUUUUAAAAGGUUGUCUUUUAUAUAAUUCUUCAGAAUUUACUUUCGGAAAAUGUUUUAGGGUAAAUGCAUAAGACUAUGCAAUAAUUUUUAAUCAUUAGUAUUAAUGGUGUAUUAAAAGUUGUUGUACUUUGUCUGUGACCUUAAUUUUCUGCACUGAAUUACCAAAUAUUUUAAACCAGGUAGUCUUUAGAUCACCUGAUGAAAGGAGCAGGGAAUAGGGAGAGGGUGGUGUGAACAUUAUAAAAACUUCACAAACCAUGCCUAUUUCAUUUUCAUUUAAAACUACAAUGCUGUUUUUUGGGUAAACACCAAAGUUUUGCUAGCAUUUUAGUUCUCUGGGCUUUAAAAAAUUUAGGUACAGUUGGAGUUGUCUGUAAGCAUUCAGAUUAUCUUGGGUAAUUUAAAAUAUGAACACUACAUUUAGAGCUGCUUUCUCCCUAGCCCCAUUUACACAUACACUUAUUCAUCUCUAGUCUUCCAAGAAUUUCAGGAGCUAGAGAUAAGAAUAAUUUGGGAUUCCAUGUGGAAUAAUGUGCUCUUACUAGAGUAUUUGCUGCUGUAUUUUCCUUAGUAGCAUUUUGAUACACUGUCAGUAGCCCAUUUGUAAAUGCCUUGCUGCUGCAUCAUAGAUACAUGUAAUCUAGUGCUUAAUAAGGGAGUUGUGUUUUGUUUUGUUUUAAUUGGGACAGGUAUGCGUAGUUAGGAUACCAAAAAUGGUGCCAUUUGGCUUCUAUUGGAAAAUUUGGGAUUAUGCAGUAUCAUGGUUAAAGGUUGAGCAAUUUAACAAAUGCAUCAUAUUUAAUAACAUUUUCCAUGUGACCCACUGCUGCAAUGCUUAGCCACGGGCCUGUCAGUGGGAGAAAGGGUAUACACUAGUCUUUAAAUACUGCCUUUUUGUCAGACAGGAGUUUAAAUAGUUUUCUAGUGGCUAGAGUUGAUUUCUGUCCCAAUCAGUGAUUAUAUAUUAUUUUAAGUAAUAGUGUAUUCACUUUAACUUUCUGGUAUUGGUGCUGUUUGAUGUUUUCACGUUGAAUGAACUAAUAUCAUCAUAACAAUGCAAUUAAUAAUGUAUUUGUAAAUUGAAUUUUCCCAGAUUCUGAUAUUUUAAGGAUAAGCAUAUUGAUGGAUAUAUGAACAUCUAUUGGGAGAAUUUUUUGGUUUGGGGGGGGCAGCAGAUUGUCUAGUCCUUUAAAUUUAUGUGUAACAUACUUUUUAUUCCUCAUUUCUUCUGAAUCUGAUGAUCUUGAUUCUUUCUGAUUAACAUGUGAAAAAUUCUAUCUGCUUGUUUGGAAAAAAAACUCUUCUAGCUCCCCUGUGUGACUUUAAGGCAUGUUAUUUCCCCUCCUCUGGGUGUCAGGUUAUUCAUCUGUAAUACGAGUUUGGCUUAAAUAGCUCCAAGGUUCUUUUGAGAUCUAUAGUAUUUGCACUAUAGUGAGGAUUUUAAUCAAAUGACUUGUUUUUCUCUUUUGUUAAUUUUGUCCUUCAUUCUGAGAUAUCAAGACAGUUUAAAGGUGGUCUUUGAGACAGGUAACUGCACAAUAUUUGAUUAACUCCUGUCCUGAGGAUGUUUUGCUUGAUGACUGGAACCGGUUGGUUAUGUUGCUUGUUGAGCGAGAAAUAUCAGACAGCAUGAUGAAGAAUUUAUUUUAUUGUAACAUAGUUGAGUUGUAAAAAAAUUCUUUUCUCAAGAAUAUAGCAUUUUGUCUUAGUGAUUACAUCCUUAUUACCAGGAUAGAGCUAUUUACCUGACACCAUUAAAAAUAUCCGUAUGUGCACAGUCUCCAAAAGCUUUCAGAUGGGACUGUGUAGAAGUCAACACUUUUUCAUACAUUAAAUUUCCCUCAGCAUAUGAGGAAAAAAACCCUUCAUAGUGGAAGUACCCGAAUUUGGAUUAGGCUUGAUAGGAAAACAGACAUGGAAAAUCCUGGAAGAUGUGUUCUCUUUAAGACCUGAUGUUUGAGACAGUUUUAUUUUUAUGAAUUUUUUUGUUUGUUUUCCAUACAGCAUGGGAAAGAGAGGUCAUAAGUUUGCAUAACAUUUUGACUAGGAUUUCUUUUUUAAAUAUUCUAGAUUUCAUAUACUGUCUCAUACCAUGGUUAUCAACUCAUGCUAUAAACCAGUUCUUAAACUUGUCUCCUAUUAGAAUUACUUCAAAAGCUUCAAGAAAUGCAGAUACCUGUGUCCCACACCCAGCAAUUGUGAUGUAAUUCAUUUGGAAUGUGACUGAAAUACUAGAAUUUUUUUUAAAUCUCCAGGUGAUUCUAAUCUACAGAAAAGUUUUAGAACUGCCGUAUUACGAAAACUUGAGCCUAUUGAAAACUGUGGGUGGCUUCUCUACAUCCAGAUUUAUACGACUCUAGCACAUAGAAGUUCUGAUACACGCACAAGAGGUUGUCCCUUGUCCCCAACGGCCUGCCAACACUUGAAGACUCAACACUUAGGUGCUCCUUGUGUGCUGGUCACUGUUCUAAGCAGUGGUGGUUUCAAAAGACAAAGUCCUUGUUCGUGCACCAGAUGUUUUGGUGGGGAGUCAGAUGUAUGUUAGGUGACUGUUAGAAGGGGAGUAAAGCAGAUGGAAAGGGAGGUGAGUCUUAAUUAUGGUGAUUAAAGAAAAGUCUUGAAGGAAGUGAUCUUUGAGCUGAGACCAGAGGGAAAUAAGGAAGUGAGGAAGGCAACGAUUUAAGAGAAGGGAGGAGUAAAACAAGCUUGUUGGUUUGACUAGAGCACUUGACGCAGUGUGGAAGGGACUAGAAAAUGUUGACUCUUGAAAACCACAGUAGAAAAUUUGGGAAGGGUUUAUAUUGAAGAGUUUGUAUAUGAGUUUGUAUUGAAGUGUUCUUUGAAGGUCACUCUGAUCAUGCUGCAUGCAAAAUGUAGCCUAGGGAGACUUGGUGAAAAUAGGGAGUAUCAGGAGACCCUCUUAGAAGUCUCUGCACCGGAAAUAUUGGUAGCUUAGACCAGGGUGGUAGCAGUGGAAGUGGUAGCGAGUGGUGGGACUCUGCUUAGGUCUUCAAGAUCCUGCCAGCAGGAGGAUUUUGGCCCAGCGAUUAGAAGGCGAAGAGAUGACAAGGGUGAUUCUUAGGUUUUUUGGCUUGAGGGGAAAAAUCAAGAUUUCUGUUUGCAUUUGGGUUUGAGAUACCUGAUAGAUUUCUCUUGGGAUCCAGCAUGGAAUUGAGGGAGGGGCCCGGAGCUAAACAUUUGGGAAUUAGCUGAUGAAUAAAAGUUUAAAGCCAUGUGACUGAAAUCACUUGUAAACAGAUAGGUGCCUCUCAAAUUUUAAUGUGCCUAAGAGUACCCUGUUUUUGUUGAAAUGCAGAUUCGGAUUCAGUAGGUGUGGUAUGGGGCCUAAGAUGCUGCAGUUCUAACAAGCUCUUCGGUGAGGCUGAUGCUGCUGGCUCAGGGACCCACGGUUUGAGGUACCCUGUAGAUCCUGAAGAGGGUGGGGUGGGUCCUGGGGCACUCCAGCAUUUGGAAGGGGGAGCCAGCAAAGGAGACUUCCAGAUCUCCAGAUAAAGCAGAAAAAUGUGGCACACCAGAACAAAAGUGAUGUGUUUCAAGAAGGGAAUCAUUCAAGUGUCGCUCAAAUAAGAUGAGGACUGGGAGUUAGCCUCUAGGUUGGGGGUUUUGCAGAGUGAACAGGCCGUGAGUUUGGGGAUGAGGAACUGCUUGGAGUGGGUUGUGCGCAGAAGGGGAUGGAAGUAGAAUCAGCAGUUGUGGACAACUGAAGUUUUGAUGUAAAGAGGAGCAAUGAUGGAUCUGAGUUGUGGGUGAGCCAAGGGGGGGGAUUUUAACUCGAGACAGUAUAGCAUGAUCCUAUGCAGACUGGAAUAUUCCAUUAGAAGGGGACAGAUACAUGCUGUCAGGAAAACUGGGUUAUUGCAGGAGUGAAAUCUGAAUAGGCAGGCAAGAGGGAAUGAGUGAGAACUCGCACUCACGAGGGGUUCAUCUCAAAUAGGCACAGGGACAGUUCCAGUUCAUGUGUCAGGAAGGAAGGUGGUGUUUUAACUCAUUUAUUGAAGUAUUUACUGUACAGCUAUUACUUAGGAGGUACCGAUUUAGGUCCUUGGGAAUAAAACAGGGAUCAAGACGACAAAAAUCUUCGUAACUGGGUGGUGCUUAAGUUCAGGAAGUGAACAGGUGUGAAUGCAGAUAGCUGGCUGUUUUGGUAUUGGGGAAAAUGAGGUCAUUCUCUUUCAACAGCUUCCACUUUCCCCAUGAAGGCCUGAGAUGGGGAAGGGGGAGGGACGUUGGAAAUCUGCAGGAGUUAGCGAGGGCAUGUGGGAAGGGCUUGUGGGAACUACCACUGAGGACAGUGGGAGAGUAGACCAGGAAGGCCAGUCGGUACUGUGGGUCAGGUGGAGCUUUUGGUCAUAACUUCAGAUAAACCGAUAACUCAUUCUGUUCCUGGAUGCCAACAUGAAAAAAGAGAACGGACAAAAGAACAAAAUUUCAAAAUAUCCCUACAGCGAGCUGGAAAAAUCGCAGCUCCCCCGUCCUUUUUAUAUGCCCAGUAGGUGGCUUCCUUGGAGGGAUCAGUCCUCAUUCUCCCCUCCCCACCUGAAAUGGAGAGGAGCCCGUCUUCAAGGAGCAGUGGGGGUAGAAAUAAGCUGGACCGCUCUUCAGCCCUUCCUGAAUCAAGUGCUUAUAGUUUCAUGUCAUUGAAAAUCUAUUUAAAGUGUAAGUUAUCUUGGAAUUACCUUUACUGCGUUGCCUAAACUACAUCAAUUGGAGAUUCUGUAUUCUAUAUGUGAGGGCAGUCCAGCACCCUGUCCACGGAUUCCAGAGAUGGAGAUUUCUCUGCGGUCUCGGCUGGCUGUCCUGUCCUCUUUGGCCUGCAGUUUGUUCAGCUGUGAAACGAGUGAUCUAAGAUACGGUUAUGCCAAAAACACGGUUAUUAUUAUUCACAUCCCUUAACAUUGUUACGGAAGAGUUCUGGUCACAAACUUACUAAUUGUUGAGUUUAUGAAAUAGCAGUGUUUAGUUCUUCAUGUAUCUGGUAACUGGACUUCAGGGUUUUCUAAACUUCAGACACUAGAAUGAUCUUGAUGGAUUUUCGCCAUGUCCACAUUUCAUUCUAAUUUUAUAUUUGAAAGUAUUACUUAACGCUUUUCUUUAAAACAGCUCACUUUUUGAUGUCAGUUUAUUUUUAAAAGAAAGCAUAUCACUUUGGUGAGUGGAAAAUUAGUAUCACUUUGACUUAAAAAUAUAAUGAAAAUGACGCAGUGUUAUUAAAUUCUAGCUAUGUAGGAUGGCUGUGAAAACAGCCCCAAAUCUAUUCUUCCAUUUUAAGAAGUGUGAUUAUAAUAAAUACUAUUCAGUAAGGGUAAAAAGACAUAUAAGCACCAAAUCAAGUCUUUCUGCAUGAUGUAACCAAAAGGAUUUAAAGAGAAUUUUGAGCACUCCCUUCCCAUCCUACUCUGGGAAACGCUUUAAGCAACAGAAGGUUAACUACUGCAGUUUCUCGACUAUCAGUAUAAAACAGAAAUACUAACGUGUCUUAAAGGCAUAUAUCUCUCUACAUGCGUGCAGAUGGCCUGGGCCUCGUAAUAAAGGUUUCCGUAAACCCCGCUCCCCUAAGGUAUUGACCAGCAUUACCCGCGUCAGUAGUAAAGUAACUGACGUUACCCUGACUCCCCUAAGUUUCUGGUCUCGUCAGUUUUUUGCUCUCAGGAUAAAAAAAACUGCAGCUCCUCCAAUGCCACUCAGUGAGCAGAGAGAGAUGUCCCAGGUGGCCUUGUCUGUAGUCACUUUUGAGCCUGGCAUUCCAGGCUUGAAAAAAAAAAAUCCUUUAAAUUUUCCAGAUAAUAUCCUCAGUUGCCCACUGGCUGGUGGAUUCUUGAUUUUGGCGAUCUUCUUUGUAA